AUGACAUCAUCAAUAAAUAAAAUUAAUAAACAAGGUGAAUCAACGUCAGUGUUAAUAAAUCAACAGCCGCAAUCAUACUAUGCACGCGAAGAUAUCGCACCGGUGAAUGCAUCUUAUGCAAACGGUUAUAUUCUUUUAGCCCUUUGUUUCAUGGCAACUGCCUUCGGAAUUUGGCUUAUGUGCACAUCGGUUCCAUGCAUCAGAACUCGUAUUAGAAUUACUAAUAGAUUAGCAACCAGUUUAAGAAUAUUGUGGUCUCGUUGUCUUGAAAGGUAUAAUCAAAUUAUAGAGAAAACAACGAAGUUUUCUAUGAAAUCAUGGCACAAACGUGAACUUAAUUAUCGAUUACCUACUGAUUUAUCCAGACAAUCCACUAUUAUCUAA